AUGGAAAUCAUGUUAAAAUACAAGUUGGAAUUAAUUAGUGAAAGAGCUCAUGAUUUGACGACAAUUGAGAAACACAAGUUGUUUUCUCUUGUUUUUAAGAGCAAGACUGAUUGGGUGCAACUCUCCCACAAACUAGGCAUCAAUUACUAUGUUGUCGGCCUCCCUACUCAUGGUUUGGGGCCACAAUUGGGA